AUGGAAGAUUACAGGUCGCGUGGAAAUGGGUUCGGCGGGCACAUCAACACAGAGAGCAACUACGUCACAAACCCUGGAAGCUCAUACGAAUUGAGGUCAUAUUCCGCGUCUUAUGCGCAGACCCAGAUGGAGAUGAAGAAAGGGGAAAAGGGUUGUGGGUCUUUCCCCAAGUCUUGGAGCUUAUCGGACCCUGAAUUUCAGAGGAAGAAGAGGGUUGCUAGCUACAAGAUGUACUCUGUGGAAGGCAAAAUGAAGGGGUCUAUCAGAAACAGCUUCCGAUGGCUGAAGCGCAGAUGCGAACAGGUGGUUUAUGGGUGGUGGUGA